GCAAGAAAAUGUAGUGGAACAGAAGCAAGGAAGAGCCUCAAGCGGUGGAACAGGGGGUUCUCUCUGCUUGGGAUUUCACCCUCCCUGUCAACACUGUCUCACAAUGUCAAAGAAGGGUGCCAGUAUCCGAGCUAAGGGAGAAAAGCCUGAUGCCUUAGCUGCCUUACAAGCUGCCAAUGAAGAGCUCAGGGCAAAACUCACAGACAUUCAAAUUGAGCUCCAACAAGAAAAGAGUAAGGUCAGCAAGUUGGAAAGGGAGAAAAACCAAGGAGUUAAGCAGAUCAAAGAGCACGAACAGCAUAAAAGCACAGUCUUGGUAACAGAACUUAAAGCCAAACUUCAUGAAGAAAAAAUGAAGGAACUCCAGUCUGUUCGAGAAGCACUUUUGAGACAACAUGAAGCUGAGCUUCUUAGAGUCAUAAAAAUUAAAGAUAACGAAAUCCAGAGACUACAGGCCCUUCUUAAUACAGUACGAGAUGGGGCUCCUGAUAAGGUUAAAACAAUGCUUCUCACAGAAGCAAAGGAAGAGGCCAAGAGAGGGUUUGAAGUGGAGAAAAUAAAAAUGCAGCAGGAAAUUUCAGAGCUAAAAGGGGCUAAAAAGCAAGUGGAAGAAGCUUUAACUUUGGUUAUACAAGCUGACAAAAUUAAAGCAGCAGAGAUAAGGAGUGUCUAUCACUUACACCAAGAGGAAAUCAGCAGGAUCAAGAGAGAGUGUGAAAGAGAGAUCCGCAGACUGAUGGAGGAGAUAAAAUUUAAAGACAGAGCAGUCUACGUGCUGGAAAGAGAGUUAGGGGUUCAAGCCGGGCAUGCUCAGAGACUUCAGCUCCAAAAGGAGGCUUUAGAUGAACAACUUUCCCAGAUCAAAGAGUCUGAUCGGCAUCUGAGCAGCCCCAAACGGGAACUUCCUUAUGCAAGUGGUGCAGGAGACGCUUCAGAUCAUUCAGGAAGCCCCGAACAGCAGUUGGAUGAAAAGGAUGCCCGUCGUUUCCAACUUAAAAUUGCUGAACUAAGUGCAAUCAUCAGGAAGCUGGAAGAUCGGAAUGCACUGCUGUCAGAAGAAAGAAAUGAGCUUUUAAAACGUCUGAGAGAAGCAGAAAGUCAAUAUAAACCCCUCCUGGAUAAAAAUAAACGACUCAGUAGGAAGAAUGAAGAUCUGUCGCAUGCCUUACGCCGAAUGGAAAAUAAAUUGAAAUUUGUAACACAAGAGAACAUCGAAAUGAGGCAAAGAGCUGGGACAAUAAGGAGACCGAGCUCUUUAAAUGACCUUGACCAUAGUCAAGAAGAAAGAGAAGUUGAAUUUCUGAGACUACAAAUUAUUGAACAGCAAAAUAUUAUAGAUGAACUCUCUAAGACUCUUGAAACUGCUGGCUAUGUGAAGAGUGUAAUAGAACGUGAUAAGCUUUUAAGGUACAGGAAACAAAGGAAAAAAAUGACAAAAAUUCCUAAGAAGCCGGUGGUGGAGACAUUUUUUGGCUAUGAUGAAGAAGCUUCCCUUGAGUCUGAUGGUUCUUCUAUCUCAUAUCAGACUGACAGAACAGAUCAAACUCCUUGCACUCCUGAUGAUGACUUGGAAGAGGGGAUGGCCAAAGAAGAAACAGAACUGAGAUUUCGGCAGUUGACAAUGGAAUAUCAAGCUUUGCAACGAGCAUAUGCUUUGUUGCAAGAACAGGUUGGAGGAACAUUGGAUGCAGAACGAGAAGUUAAGACGCGUGAGCAGCUCCAAGCAGAAAUACACAGAUCCCAGGCUCAAAUAGAAGACCUAGAGAAGGCACUUGCUGAGCAGGGACAGGACAUGAAGUGGAUUGAAGAAAAACAAGCAUUAUACAGAAGAAAUCAAGAACUUGUAGACAAGAUAAAACAAAUGGAAACAGAAGAAGCGCGACUAAAACAUGAUGUCCAGGAUGUUAAAGAUCAAAAUGAACUCCUGGAAUUCAGAAUACUAGAGCUUGAAGAGAGAGAAAGAAGAUCGCCUGCUAUCAACUUUCAUCACAUUCCUUUUCCUGAAGGGAAAAGUCCGCUCCAAGUUUACUGUGAGGCAGAAGGUGUAACGGAUAUUCUAGUAGCAGAGCUGAUGAAAAAAUUGGAUAUUUUAGGGGAUAACGCCAAUCUGACCAAUGAAGAGCAAGUAGUUGUCAUACAAGCAAGGACAGUUCUCACACUGGCUGAAAAGUGGCUACAGCAGAUAGAAGUGACAGAAUCUGCACUGCAGCAAAAGAUGCUAGACCUUGAGAAUGAAAAGGAGCUGUUUAGUAAGCAAAAAGGUUAUUUGGAUGAUGAACUUGACUAUCGGAAACAGUCCUUGGAUCAAGCACACAAGCAAAUUCUGGAAUUAGAAGCCAUGCUCUAUGAUGCCCUGCAGCAAGAAGCCGGAGCCAAAAUCUCUGAAAUUCUUUCACAAGAGGAGAAAGACAAGUUGAAGAGUGCUGUAGAACAAUGGAAACGCCAGGUUAUGAGUGAACUCCGAGAGAGGGAUGCCCAGAUUCUGCGUGAAAGAAUGGAACUCAUUCAACAUGCACAACAGAGAAUUAAGGAGCUAGAAGAAAGAAUUGAAGGUCAAAAAAGACAAAUAAAAGAAUUAGAGGAAAAGCCUUCAUUCUUUGGUCAUAGUCUAUCAAGCCACAUACAGAAGCAUACAGAAGAAGCUAGAAAUGCUUAUACUGUUAUUGAGCAAGACAACUUUGGUUGCCAAGAUGGAAAAGGACAUUACAAUUUCAAGAUAUUCAAAUAUAUAUUCUAUUUUGUCACUGAAGAUUUAAUUUUUUUGACCAUUUUAGACAGAAGAUGAAUUAGGAUUUGUGGGAAUUUCUUAAUCUGGAGUCUGCUUCUUUGGCAUCUCUGACUGUACAUUUUUAUAAGCUAGAAUUAGAACUGAAAAAGAAGAAAGCCAAAAAAAAAGACAUUUUAUUAACUAUUACAGGCUUCUUUAAGGGAAGCCCCAUCUCUGCUGCUUGAAAUAAAGGCUUUACAUAAAAAGCAGUAUACUAAUUCAGAUACAGUGAAUAUAUUUUGGUUCCCUGCUAAGCAGGUAGUAAACUGCUUCUGUAAAGAAGUAAUCAUGUCCUGUUUUUUGUCAUCCAUUUAUAUUUGUUAUUUGUAGUUAUUUAAAUAUAUGUCUUGAAGGAAGUUUUAAAAAGAGUUCCAGAUUAGUCAUGGAUGAAAACAUAAAUGUGAAUGAAGAGUUUUGUUCCAAGAUGUUUUGCAUUCAUUUCAAAUGGAAAGUAGAACUAAUUUGUUUGAUGAAAAUUCAGAAGACUGUGUUUCUUUUCCAUAACACAGGGUAUGUAUCAUGAUUUGCUGAAUAUCCAAUUUACUUGGUGGGUGAGAAGCAUGUGGCUAAAUACUUUGAGCCUUCAGAAUUUAAAGUUUGCAUUUUGUUCUGAGGUUUUAGUAAACCAGUCUGUGCAGCACUGAGAGAAAAAUGGCACAACUAUAUAUAAUUUACUUAAGUUCCUGAAUGGCAAGGGAGCAUUUAUUGUCCAACUGGAACUUUCAACCUGAAAAUAAAAUAAAAAUGAAAAUGUCUCCUCACUAUCCACAUGUGCAGAGCACUGGAAGAUGGAAUUUUCUAAAGGAAGAGGAAGGUAUGAUUAAUUUGAGGGGAGAAGAAGGCACAAGUAAUGAAGGAAGAAAAUCCCAGAAUGUAUCUUUUGGAUUUAAAAAUGACAGAUAAGAAAAAUCAUGUCCUCUCUGAAAACAUACACGAAGCAAGAAAAAUCAGAAAGAAAGCACAAAGAUGUAUUUCACCAAAAAGGAACAAAAGCAGCAGAAACUAAAUGCCAAAAUCAGGAUUUACCAAUGAUUAUAUGAAAAACAGCUCAUCUGGCCUUUUCCACAAAUACGGUGUGUUUAAAACAAAGACAUGAUUAAGAAAAUAUGUCUCUUGUUUUGGAAGAUAAGAGAGAAAAGAGAAACUGAAGGAAUUACUGAAAGGUAAGAAAAAAUGACUGAUAGACAGUUAUUGUUUAUAGGUUGCUACAGUCCCCAGGCUCAAAUUGUUUUGAUUAUAUUAUGGAAAGGUUUAUAACCUGAGCAGUAUUUGCAUGUAAAUAGUAUUUACUCAUGCUUCAUUUUUUGUCAGUGGGUCCACUAUUAUACUUCAAGAUAGCAAUAUUUUCUAGAUCAAUGCUUAGCUCUAAUCAAAUAUUACUUUUUUAAUGAUCAAAAGUCUAAGUUUUACACAUAGUGGAUAAUCACUUUUCUUACAGUAUAUAUUAUACAUAUAACAAAAACAUUAUUAUUUCCUUUUGAGACAGACUAAAAAUAUACCUAGAUAUGUAUAUUUUAA